AUGUCCACCACGCCGCCCGCAAAAAAGGCAUGCGAUGCUUGCCGCCGCCGCAAAGUGAAAUGUUCUAGGGAUCAGCCAUGUACAAACUGUGGUCAGAUGAACUUGCAGUGUACUUAUCUCGCAGUGCCACAGAAGAAAGGGCCUAAAGGUCUUCGCGCCAAUGUCAUCCCUGAGAUCCGCGCGACGCAGCAACAAGCAAGUCCCUCCGACACUACAGUCAACCAUGCCGAAAAAUCAUUCAAGUUCAAGUCCAACAGUCUGCAGUCCCCUUCCUACCCGCAUAAUACGGCGUUGCUGUCUAAGAGGACAAUUGACACCUGCAUCGAAUUCUACUUCAGUAAUAUGCCUACGACAGCGUGGAUUUUGAACCAACGCUCGCUUUGUGAGAUGAUAAGCUCUCGUAUUGGGAGCGACCUCGAGGUUUAUUGCUUGACGGCCUCAUUGUGCGCUUUUGUCAUGGUCCAACCUGGUGUGAGCCUUGUGGUUGGACCAGGGAGCCACUAUGAGGGUGAGCCCCCGGAGCAUAGGCACGGAUAUGCCAAAAUGAUUCUCGAUGAGAUUGCUCGGAUGCGGAAGAACAUUGACUAUAUUGAGGCGCCUACGUUGAAUUCGAUUCACAUCUCAUUUUUCUUGUUCAGCUGCUAUUUCACCCUCGAAAAGCAGAACUUGUGCUGGUUCCAUUUGCGUGAGGCAGCAACCCUGGCUCAGAUCAUGGGAAUGCAUCACGAGGCGUCCUACACGACUGGCGACGAUGUCGAGAAUAUGUACAAGAGAAGGAUGUAUUGGCUACUCCUGGUCACUGAGAGGGCAUACUCUCUCGAGCGUCAUCGGCCAUUGACACUUCAGCCAUCCAUCGAACUUCCGGCCGCCCAAGACAUCCGAGAAGUAGAGAUCGUGAACGGAUUUCUCUACUUGAUCAGCCUAUUUCGGUGCAUUGAUGACGAGUUUAUGGCGCUAUGGAACAACUCCAAAAAAAGGACCUCAGCGGUAUGGCUAUUAGAACUGCAGCAACAACUCACAGACGCACUGCCGCCAGAACUAAAAACCACAGAAGAUCAAGCGGCAGCGGUGCGCAUCACACUUCAUUGGCUGAGGAUCAUGGUAUGGCAGCUCUCCAUUGCGAGCGGUGCCCUAUCCUCCACCUCCAACAAUCUGUCAAUGACGUUUAAAUACCCGAUCGACGUGGCUAGCGACUUAAUUCAUGAUAUUGAGAUCUUAUCCACGGAGUCCAUGGAAGUGCAUGGUGUUGGACUUAUUAAGAAACUUUUCGACGUUGCUUGUACUCUGACGGACGUUACCUCUUGCAUUCCUCUAGGCCCUUCAGCCGAUGGUUCAAGACCGUCAACCGAAUUGCUCGACCGAUAUCUGAAGCUGAUUUCGCAACUUCGCGGUGGCUCAUCUCGUUAUUUGCCAUUACUUCUAGCCAAAGUUGCCGAGACGAUACCUACAAUAACACCCCCGGCCGAAGCCCUACGCAUGAGCAUCAUACAAGGUUACGCGGGGGCCGCCGACAAUAGAUCAAACACCGUGCAGUGCACAUCUUCGACAGCAAUUGACGCUGGCGCAGCCUCUCUUCUUCCUCAGACACGUCUGAUGCAUAGCGCUUACAGCCCCAGAACCUCAGGAAGGGACUUGACUCUCAGACCACAAGCUGUCGUAACUCCACCACGGUAUUCUGGUCCAGCCGGCCUCAGUGCACAAACAAACCCUCCUCCUCCCCAAAGCCUCCCGUCCGAGCGUAUCCUGGAACGGCAGCUUGGAAGUUGGUCCGAGCGCUCCGGGACGGGGCCUUGGCCCUCUGAGAAGACCCACUCUAGGGUGUAUUUAUAG